AUGGCUACUGUGUUCAGGUGUGAAGCAAGAAAGGACGGAGAAGUACAACCAAUCACAUGGGCUCGAUUUUUCCGAACCAAAGAGAAAAAGGCAGUAGCGGCUCGAUUGGAUCAUGAUAAUCGCCGAGCUCGCCUAGUAUUCGGAAAUGCGACAGCUUCUCAGGCAGGAAAGUACCGUUGUGAAAUUCGGACAGAAGAUGGCGAAUUGGUCUUCGGUAAUAUGUUCGCCUACUCUCGUCCUGUUGUUCUUACUAACUCGUCCGACCCUAUGGAAGUAUCACCGUCAGACCCGACGCUCGUCACCUCAAAACCGUUGUCUCUCUCUAAAGAGUCCAAUGCGACAUUAGUUUGUCCAGUGCAUGGAUAUCCAAAUCCUUACAUCGUCUGGUACAAGGAUGGAUUCCCACUAGCACCCUCAGCGCGAGUCAAUUUCCAUAAGAAUAUUGUUGAAAUCUUCGGGUUAGAGGAGACUGAUGCUGGCAUGUACCGAUGUGUAGCGUCGAAUCAGUUCCCCAUUUAUGUGGAUGGACCAGAACAGGAGUUUGAGGUGAAGUUCGACCGCGAGCUGAAAGUUGGUGGUGAGUUUGACUUCAUUACUCCCUUUUAUUGA